AUGAAUUUCGCGGGCUUGUCUAGUACCACCGGUUUCAACAGGCUCGACCAAUACGCGAAUACUGAAUCUUUCGCCCGAAAGAGCCGGGCCGCGGUGCGCGUCGUUCGUCCCCCUGUCGACAUCGCGGCGGACGCGUCGCUCGCGGCGUACCUCCCGUUGUUCCACGCCCUCUCUCAGAUCAAGCAGCAGCAGCAGCAGCAGCAGCAGCAGCAGCAGCAGCAGUCGUUCGCGAUUUCCGCUAUUGAUUCCCCGUCGCGCGAUAACAACGCGUGCAGCCCGCGCCUCUCCAGCGUCAGCCACGCCACCAGCUCUCACAGCAAGACCAUCCCGGCGAGUCGCGAAAUGCUGUCUUUUGCUGCGGGCUCUAGGAAACACGCGAACAGCGAUACCGAGGUAGCUUGUGGCGCCAACGCUCUGCUCACGCUCCGCGUCGCCUCCGCGUCGUGCGCUGCGGAAGAGAGCACUGACAACAACGCCGUUUCCGCCGACGCGCAACGCUCGCAAAACCAUGCCGCUCCUGCGUCCGCGUCGCCCAAGCGCAAUUUCGUGGAUUUAGACCUAAACGCCUCCCCCGACGCGCAACUCGAGGUGGAGCAGAAGAGCGCGUGCACCGCCGGAUCCGCGGAGGAUGAAAAGCCGCAAAAGCGGAAGCGCGGCGGGCAACAACCGAUCAAGACUUGUCCUAAAUGCGGGAAGCAGUUUUCCACGGGCCAGGCGCUCGGGGGACACAUGCGGAAGCACUGGGACGGCCCUCUAAACGUUAAAACAAAGCAGCUCUUGGCGCACACUAACGGCACGAGCGUUAGCGAGACGUCGGAGCUUGUUGUUGCGGCUCGAGUGGCGAAACAUAGGAAGAUCGGCGACAGUGGCGAUGUGAAAGGCGAGAAGAAUGUGAAGGGGGACCCUGACCUCUCCCUUAGUCUACGUGGGUCAUCUUUCCAUGCCCCCACCCUGAUGAGAAAAGCCCUCAACACAACCACACAUGCUGUAGGCGGAUGA